AGAAACUGCCGCGUUGGGGCAGUAUCUCAAACCCCACCUUGAAAAGAUGUUUAAAAAUCAAGAAACCAUGGCGAUCAUUGUCUGCUUGGCAGCACAAACACAAGACAUUCUGUUUAACAGUCUGACUUCACUUAUUCCCUACUAAAAUUGCCAAGAUGGUUACCCACGAGCACGUCCGAAAUAUCUUUGCAGGCCCCAGCAAGGGUGAUAUGGCCAGUUUCUGGCCCCACGUCGAGCCCAACGUCGAGUGGACCGUAAAGGGCGCCCACUGCCAAAUCGCUGGCCACUACAAGUCCAUCGAGGAAUUUCAACAGGGAACAAGGGCAUUGUCAUCCACUUGGGCAGGUCCCCUCCAUCUUGUCGUUCAGAACAUCAUCAUCGAGGGAAACCAAGCUGCCGUGGAGCUCAAGGCAGUCGAUACCAAGACUAGGAGUGGCGACCCUUUCCCCAAUGAAUAUACCUGGGUGCUGGGCUUCAACGAUAGCGGCAAAAUUGCAACUGUGAGGGCGUACAUGGACACUGAUCUUGUUACUCGUGUUAUUGAAAAGAACCCCAACUAGAUUAUAGAUAUUUUUGGUACUGCUAGCUAGAAAAGAAGAGUUUUGUCUUUUGAUUUAUAAAGCCAUGAUAGUC